AUGGUCAAUAUGGUAGAUAAAAUAUCAAUGUGGAAGUCCGACUUAAUUAGCGGCAAAUAUACCAACAUUUUAAAGAGAAUGGGUACAUUCGAACGACUAAUCCCUAAAAGUACAAGGGAAAAAGUCAAAAAAGUUUUAAGGGAAAACAAAGCACAUGUUUGUAUUUAUUUAGGAUUUUUUGUGGCUCUACUAAUGAUGUACAUCUUUGUUUCAAGCGGAGGCUUCUCUUUCCUCCUGACACUCUCCUCUCUAGUCAGUCUUCUAUCAUUCCUAAUUCUAGGAUUCUGUAUCGAAACCACCAAAAGUUCUAAAGGAAUCUCACUAGAAACGACAAUUUCAUAUGUGUUUGUGUUCUUCUCGAGGUUAAUGUCAAUUUUAGUCCACCAAGGGUAUCUCCCAACGGAUUCCUCAGGUGAUUAUCUGUACCAAUUAUCUGAGGUUUUAUGCCUCCUAUUCUCUGUUUAUAUCGUGUUUGCUUGCAAAUAUAAAUACUCGGAUACAUACGAAAGAGAUAAUGAUAAAUUAAAAUGCAGUUUUAUCUUGGUGCCAUGCUUCUUUCUGGCCUUGUUUGUACACCCAUCACUCAAUCGUUUCUUUCUCACCGAUGUGUGCUGGGCAUUUGCUUUAUACGUAGAAACGGUCUGUGUAUUACCACAACUCUUAAUGUUUCAGAGAUCUGAUAAAGUUGUUCCCGCAAUGGCACACUUCACAGCAGCUCAGUCACUGUCAAAGAUCUUGUCAUUUGUAUUCUGGCUGUCAACCUACUCUGAAUUAAACUCUAAAGGGAAUAUAAUCAAACCAUUCGUCGGUCACUGGGUCAUUUUUACACAGCUGGUCCAAGUCCUCCUUGUUGCCGAUUUCGUGGUCCAUUACAUAAAGUGUAUUACUAAAGGAAUAUCAGUCGAGUUCAUAAUGUCUGAUAAUGUAUAG